AUGACAUCUGAACGGACUCCAGGCCUGGACAGAUUUGGCCAUGGGAAAGUGGACCCUUAUGGCUUCCUGCGGUCCGAAGAGUUUGAUUUCGACUCGUACGAGGAGUUUAUGUCUUCUUACCUGUCCACACUGGCAAGACGGGCAUCACGAUGGAAGAGUAACUACAACAACACCAGGAAACUAAGCACUUCGAGAAAAUUAAAACGGUUUUGUAGAAAGGGAAUUCCUGGAGACUUGAGACCUGAUGUAUGGAUGCAAAUCAGCAAGGCCUCCAAGAGGAUGGCGGCCGAGCCCAGCAAGUACAGGACACUUCAAGGUCAGCGCACUGACCCUGCCGUAGCAGAAGCUAUCUCUCUGGACAUACAUAGAACCUUCCCUGAGAAUGUCUACUUCAGUCAGCUGUCUGACCCCAACUCACUGCAGAGACCCCUACAGAAUAUUCUAGAAGCCAUCUCUCUCAGCAACCCCCACAUAGGCUACUGCCAGGGCAUGAAUUUUGUGGCCGGCUUGUUGCUGUUGAUUGUCAAAAGUGAGGAGAAAGCUUUUUGGCUCAUGGACACUUUGAUACAGAAAAUUUUACCAGAUUUCUAUGCCCCAGACAUGGUAGCUAUUCGAGCUGAACAAGAUCUGCUGGGUGAGAUUGUCAGGUGGAAACUGCCCCAAGUCCACGCUCACCUGGAGGCUCUGGGUGUCCAGUGGUGCCUGGUGGGCAUGAAGUGGUUCAUCUGUCUCUUUGCUGAUGUCAUGCCCGUGGAGACAGUGUUACGGAUAUGGGACUGUUUGUUCCUGGAGGGUUCAAAGAUUCUGCUGCGUGUGGCCUUGACACUGAUCACCUUGAACAAGGACAGUUUGCUCAAGUGCACCAACUUCCCUCAAGCAGUUGAUGUCUUCAAAGACAUCGUCAAUGACCCAGUAACCCUGGACUGCCACAGUUUUCUGCAGAGUAUAUUUUCAGUGACCGGUUCCAUGCCACGGGCUAAAAUAGCAUCCUUGCGAGAGCAGUGUGUGAGACGGAUACUGAAGUCAUAA